AUGUGGUGCCUGCAGCGGCUCCGCCGGGGUCCCGAAUGCUUGCGGCCAAGUGGGGACGGGCUUCCCCCAGGACAAGCCCGCGCAGCCAGGCGACGCCCCGUCGCCGCCUGCGCCCACGUGCUCACCCCGGAUCGCAUCCCCGAGUUCUGCAUCCCGCCGCGCCUCGCGCCCCGCCGGGCCCUGGCUGCCCUCCGGCCUUCCUGGGGCGAAGAGGCGGGCUCCGCCGAGGACGCCGGCCGCACCGACUGGGACCCGCGCUCGCAGGCCGCGCUGUCGCUGCCGCACCUGCCCCGCGCGCGCACCGCCUACGGCUUCUGCGCGCUGCUCGAGAGCCCGCACACCCGCCGCCGGGAGUCGCUCCUGCUCGGGCACGCGCGCGCCGCCCGGCCCCCGGCGCUCCCCCGCGGCGGCAGCGCGCGCGGCCGGGAGCCCCCGCGCGCGCCCCCUCCCGGCCCCGCAAGUGGAAUGGCUUUCCGCAGUGCUUUCCCCACGUGGCAUGCCGACGGCAACUUCUGGGGGCCGUGGCUGCUGCUGGGAACUAGAGAACCACAUGACUAG